AUCCCAGGGGCUCCUAAUGGAGCCGUGCAUUUCCAUUGCCUGUUCUGUAUUCCCCCUCAGGCUGCUGUGGGGUGGGGAACUGGGGGACAGCAGGUAUAAGAGGCAGAUGUGGCUGUAGGAAGGCAGAUGACAGCAUGGAUUCCAGGCAGGCAGCAGUGCUGCUGGUGGUGCUGCUUUUAAUAACAGACUGGGGCCACGCUGAAGAACCAAGGGACCGGGAUGGAAGUCAGAUCUUCGCAGAGGAAGACCCUGGACCCCUCCCUGCACAAGAUGCCGAGACCCCUGGGUCAUUCUUGCUCUCCCUGCUCCAGGCCAUGCAGAGACCCAGUCGGAGCUCAGCCUUCCUGUUUCAGCCCCAGAGGUUUGGCAGAAACAACCGGGGCUCCUGGAGAAACGAACGGCUGAGUACCCGAGCUGGGGAGGGGCUGAACUCCCUGUUCUGGAGUCUGGCUGCCCCUCAGCGCUUUGGGAAGAAGUAACAUGUCAUCCCUUGAUAUGUUUGCAUGGAAGGCCCAUACCCAAAAGUGCAUGCCC